AGAAUUGUGAAAACUCUACCAGUCAAAGCAUGAAAACAGAAAACUCCAAAACACACACCACUUGCAACCAUGGAGUUCCUCGUCAAACUUAAUUACCAACUCUCUAAGCCCGUUUUUCAAAUCUUAAACCCAAAUUGAACACCCCCAAGUUUCAUUACUUUUACAAGCCUACACUCACGCGUUAUGACACGAAAUAAAUGUCUUUAAUACCCAUGCAAGUAAUGGGAUUAAAGUAAAAUGGACUUUCAUGUUCUGUAAUUACUCCUUGUUCUUUAAUCACAAUUUUGAGUUAACCCAUUCUUGAAGAUUUGGGUCAAGUGUUUUUUCUUAGUGGGUCUUUGUCAUUUUUAAAUCAAGAACUGUGUAUAGAAAGAACAAUUUUUUUUUUCUUUUCUUUUGGGUGGAUCAAAAUGACAAGUAUAACUGAUGCUACAAUAAUUCAUCAUGUGGGCAUUGUGUUACUUGUACUAUGGUUGCUUAAUUCGUUCAAUUGUUGCCACCCUUUUGCUUACUUCCUUUCUCUUAUAUAUCUCUAUGUGGUUCAUGAGCAGUAUGUGACUAAAUUAAGGAGGAAGUUACAGUUUGAGGAAAAAAGACAGACUUCCCAACGGCGAGUACUUUCAGACUCUGAAUCAGUGAGAUGGUUAAACUAUGCGAUUGAAAAGAUUUGGCCUAUCUGCAUGGAGGAGAUUGUUUCACAGAAAAUUCUGCGCGCUAUCAUUCCAUGGUUUAUGCAGAAGUACAAACCCUGGACUGCUAAAGAAGCUGUAAUUCAGCACCUCUAUUUGGGAAGAAACCCACCGAUGUUCACAGAAAUGAGGGUUCUUCGUGAAUCUACUGGAGAUGAUCACUUGGUCCUGGAGUUGGGAAUGAAUUUUCGUGCUGCUGAUGACAUGAGUGCAAUUCUUGCCGUGAAACUGAGAAAAAGGUUGGGCUUUGGGAUGUGGGCAAAGUUACAUCUGUUGGGCAUGCAUGUUGAGGGAAAGGUCUUGGUUGGGGUAAAGUUCUUAAGGAAGUGGCCAUUUCUUGGUCGUUUGCGGGUGUGCUUUGUGGAGCCUCCUUAUUUUCAGAUGACUGUGAAGCCAAUUUUCACACGCGGACUCGAUGUAACAGAACUUCCUGGAAUUGCUGGAUGGAUGGAUAAACUUCUCGCUGUUGCCUUUGAGCAGACACUUGUUGAGCCCAACAUGCUGGUGGUGGACGUUGAGAAGUUUGUGUCGCCGGAACCAGAAAACUGGUUUUCUGUUGAUGCUAAGGAGCCCAUCGCUUUUGUUAUUUUAGAAGUUCUUGAAGCAGCUGACAUGAAGCCAUCAGAUUUAAAUGGAUUGGCUGAUCCAUAUAUUAAGGGGAACCUUGGUCCUUACAGAUUCAGGACUAAGACUAAGAAGAAGACGUUGGCUCCACAGUGGCAUGAGGAGUUCAAGAUUCCAGUCUGUACAUGGGAGUCUCCUAACAACAUGCUCAAAUUCGGUGUUCGUGACAAAGACCAUUUUAUUGAUGAUACAUUGGGAGAUUGUUCCAUCAAUAUCUGCGAUUUUAGGGAUGGGCAGAGGCAUGAUAUGUGGCUGUCUCUUCAGAACAUUAAAAUGGGGAGAUUGCAUCUUGCCGUAACUGUUGUCGACUCUGGCAAAAAGGGUCCGGAGCAGUCAUAUGAGAGCGGAACUGUGGUGAAUGAACGGGAUAGCAAAUCUGCUGAGAUGGAUAAAACUGAACGAAGCUCCUUAACCACUGAAUCAGUUGACGAAUCUUCAAAAGCUGCAGAUAUGUAUGAACCUAUUAAUAUCGAAGGGCAGCGGGAGACUGGUAUAUGGGUACACCAUCCAGGAAGUGAAGUAGCACAAGUAUGGGAACCAAGAAAGGGAAAGAGCAGGGUUCUUGAUGGAAGUCUUAAAUCAACAUCAGGGGGCUCCUCUCACUAUAAUGAAUGCAGGUUUGAUGAAAGUGUUAAUGUAAGUAAGCCAGAUUCUCCAAGUCGUAUGCACAGGGGUUUCCAUAAGAUCAGCUCAAUUUUCCACAGAAGUCCAAGAAGUGAGGAUAAGUCUGGCAAUCUUGGAGAGCCAGAUUCACCUCCGCAUGUGAAUCUUAGGGCAGUUAAUGCCAAGGAAAUUGGAGUGAAAAUUAUAGUGGAUGACACCAUUUCCUCUUCAUCAUUGACAACAAUAGAAGAUGGAAAAGAGAGUCAUGGGGUAAAGGGGAAAAUCCCCAAAAAGGGGAGAGUGAGACUCAAGGCAAAGAAAAUCCUUAAACAUGCUGGCAAGUCAGUUGGUGGUGGCUUAAAGAAAGUGAUAUCGCGGAAGUCAUCAGAAAAAUCUAAUGGGGAACUAGAAUCACCAGAGACAGAGAGACUGAGCUCUGUGGAAUCUGAUUCUUCUGAUGCAGAGUCUCAACCUUCAUCAGUUGAUUCGCUUUUAGUUGGCAACACUUCCAUAGAAAGCUCCGGUAUUGAGAGUUCUGACACCACAAUAAAGACCAGUGUACUGGUAGAUAGUGAAAACAUCAAAGCUCCAGAAGAAGUAGCAGGGGACUCAAAAGAAAAUCAUGCAUUCGGUCAGUCUUCAAGUUUUAAAAGUCCGAGGUAGACCAAUGAGGUGAGCUCUGAAUGUGUUGUAACAAGGUGGUUUUCUUAGUUUCCCCCAUUGUACAGUCUCUGUAAGCAGAUGGAUGGUUCUUUUUCCAUUUUACUUGUAUAUGCUGUUAUAUCCUGCCUGUAAUAGCUUCACGUCGGCUAAAGCAACGUGUAUCAUAAGUUCAAAGUACAGUGUUUUUGUUAUGGUUUCAAGUUUUAUAUCAUGGAAAUUUUGGAAGGAUCAAUUGUGAACAUUAUCUUU